AUGCCUUCCAUACAAACCCCGCCGGGGAAGAUCCUGCAGAUCGAGAUGGAGAAUUUCAAGUCGUACAAGGGUCACCAGUUGAUAGGUCCGUUCAAGGAUUUCACCGCUAUCAUUGGUCCCAACGGCUCCGGCAAAUCCAACCUAAUGGACGCUAUAAGCUUCGUCCUCGGAGUUCGCACCGGUCAACUUCGUGGCUCUCAGCUUAAGGAUCUAAUCUACGCCUUCGAUGACCGAGAGAAGGAGCAGAGAGGUCGGAGAGCGUUCGUCCGCCUCGUGUAUCUUCUCGACGAUGGGUUGAAACUCCAUUUCACCCGUACUAUUACUAGCGCCGGCGGGAGUGAAUACCGCAUCGAUGAUAGGGUUGUGAAUUGGGACGAGUACAAUGGAAAGCUUCGAUCUCUAGGCAUACUGGUUAAGGCUCGUAAUUUCCUCGUCUUUCAGGGUGAUGUUGAAUCCAUUGCUUCCAAGAACUCUAAAGAGCUCACUGGACUUCUCGAGCAGAUUUCUGGGUCCGAGGAGCUUAAGAAAGAGUACGAGGAAUUAGAAGAAAAGAAGGCCAGCGCUGAAGAAAAAGCAGCCCUUAUAUAUCAGAAGAAGAAGACGGUUGGGGCAGAGAAGAAGCAGAAGAAGGCACAGAAGGAAGAAGCUGAGAAGCAUCUGAAGCUGCAAGACGAACUGAAAGCUCUGAAGAGAGAACAUUUCCUAUGGCAAUUGUAUAACAUUGAAAAUGAUAUCGAGAAGGCGACUGAGGAUGUUGAUGCUGAAAAGAGCAAUCGUAAAGAAGUCAUGGGAAAGCUGGAGAAGUUUGAACAUGAAGCUGGUAAGAGAAAGGUGGAACAAGCAAAGUAUCUGAAAGAUAUUGCUCAACGUGAAAAGAAGAUUGCUGAGAGAAGCUCAAAGCUUGGAAGAUACCAACCCGAGCUUCUGAGAUUGAAAGAGGAGAUUGCUCGCAUAAAUUCAAAAAUUGAGAUCAAUCGGAAGGAGUUGGAUAAGAGGAAAAAAGAAAAAGGGAAGCAUUCCAAGGAAAUUGAACAGAUGCAGAAAAGCAUCAAGGAGCUGAAUAAGAAAAUGGAAAUUUUAAAUGAGAAGAGACAAGAUAGCAGCGGAAAACUCCCAAUGCUUGACAGUCAACUGCAAGACUAUUUUCGAAUAAAAGAAGAAGCUGGGAUGAAAACCAUUAAGCUAAGGGAUGAGAAAGAGGUUCUAGAUAGGCAACAGCAUGCUGAUCUCGAAGCAUUGAGAAAUCUGGAAGAAAAUUACCAGGAAUUAAUAAAUAGGGAGAAUGAUCUUGAUGAACAAAUUGAGCGGUUGAAAUCCAGGCAAAAAGUGAUUGAAGAUUCUACUUUGGAAAAUAAGCAGUUGCGAGAACGGCUAGUAAACCAGUUGCGAGCACUGCAAGAGAAGCAUCGAGAUGCCAGGAUUGCCUCUGAGAAAUUGAAGACUAGAAUUGCAGAAGUAGAAGAACAAUUAAGUGAUCUUACUGCUGAAAGAUAUGAAAAUGAGAGAGAUAGUAGGCUAACGCAGGCUGUUGAGUCUCUCAAGCGUCUAUUUCAAGGAGUUCAUGGUCGGAUGACUGAUCUUUGUCGACCAAAUCGGAAGAAGUACAACCUUGCUGUCACUGUUGCUAUGGGGAGAUUUAUGGAUGCAGUAGUCGUAGAGGAUGAAAACACCGGAAAGGACUGCAUCAAGUACUUGAAAGAGCAAAGGCUUCCUCCUAUGACAUUUAUUCCUCUUCAGUCAGUACGUGUCAAGCCAGUGCUUGAAAGAUUGAGAAAUUUGGGCGGCACAGCAAAGCUGGCGGUCCUCUUUGCUGUUGGAAAUACUCUUGUCUGUGACGAACUUGAAGAAGCCAAGGUUCUUAGCUGGACUGGAGAGAGAUUUAAAGGCAUGUUCCUGUUUCCUUUUUUAGUUGUUACUGUUGAUGGUAUAGUACUCACAAAGGCGGGAACAAUGACUGGUGGUACCAGUGGUGGAAUGGAAGCAAAGUCUAAUAAAUGGGAUGAUAAGAAAAUUGAAGGAUUGAUGAAAAAGAAAGAGGAAUAUGAACUAGAAUUGGAAAAGGUUGGUUCUAUUCGAGAAAUGCAGAUAAAGGAGUCCGAAAUAUCGGGUAAAUUAAGUGGACUUGAAAAAAAGAUUCAGUAUGCUGAAAUUGAGAAGGAAAUACCAAUUAGUGAGUUUGUUUUGCAGAAAAGCAUCAUAGACAAACUUCCACAUCUUGAGCAAGAGAAGCGGAAUAUUGCUGAACGAAGUAGACACAUAGCUCUUGACCUCUCUAAGUCAAAAGAUGAGGUUGAUAAGAGGAAUACAGAAAUCAGGAAGUUGGAGAAAAGAAUCAAUGAGAUUGUGGACCGUAUCUAUAAGGAUUUUAGCCAAUCUGUUGGUGUUGCAAACAUACGUGAGUAUGAAGAAAAUCAGCUCAAGGAUGCUCAAGAUGUGGCUGAAGAAAGGCUGAGUCUGAGUAACCAGCUUGCUAAGUUAAAAUACCAGCUGGAAUAUGAGCAAAACCGAGAUGUGGGGUCACGAAUUCGGAAGCUAGAAUCUUCAAUCAGCUCUUUGGAAUCUGAUUUGGAAAAAGUAAAGAAGAGGAAGUCUGAACUCAAGGAGUUAACAGAAAAAGCUACUAAUGAAAUCAACAAUUGGAAGAAGGAAAUGGGAGAGUGCAAACAAAAAUCGGAAGAGUAUGAAAAGGAAAUCCUGGAUUGGAAAAAGCAGGCUUCGCAAGCGACAACAACCAUAACCAAACACAAUCGUCAGAUACAUUCCAAGGAAACGCAAAUUGAGCAGCUGAUGUCGCAAAAACAGGAAAUAACCGAUAAGUGUGAACUCGAACAUAUUACCCUUCCUGUUUUAUCAGAUGCCGCGGAGGAAGACGACUCAGAUGGGCCACAGUUUGACUUUAGUGAGUUGGAUAGAGCAUAUCUGCAAGAACGGAGACCAUCUGCUCGUGACAAAAUAGAUGCAGAAUUUAGGCAGAAAAUAGAAUCUAAAACAUCAGAAAUUGAAAGAACAGCCCCAAACCUGAGAGCACUUGACCAGUAUGAGGCUAUACAAGAGAAGGAAAAACAAGUUAGCCAAGAGUUUGAAGCGGCCAGGAAGGAGGAGAAACAAGUAGCGGAUGCAUACAAUAUUGUUAAGCAGAAGAGGUAUGAGCUAUUUAUGGAAGCUUUCAACCACAUUUCUAGCAACAUUGACAAGAUCUACAAGCAACUAACCAAGAGUAAUACGCAUCCACUGGGUGGGACUGCUUAUCUAAACUUGGAGAACGAGGAUGAUCCGUUUCUACAUGGUAUAAAGUAUACUACGAUGCCCCCUACAAAGCGAUUUCGUGACAUGGAACAGCUCUCUGGAGGAGAGAAAACAGUUGCGGCCUUGGCGUUGCUUUUCUCCAUCCAUAGCUUUAGGCCUUCGCCGUUUUUCAUACUGGAUGAAGUGGAUGCUGCGCUGGAUAAUUUAAAUGUUGCAAAAGUUGCUCAAUUCAUUCGUAGCAAAUCGUGUCAAGCCGCACGUGACAAUCAGGAUGCAGAUGAUGGGAAUGGAUUCCAAAGCAUUGUAAUAUCUCUCAAGGACAGCUUCUAUGACAAGGCCGAAGCUCUGGUUGGAGUUUUCAGAGAUGUGGAGAGGAGUUGCUCGGGCACGAUGACAUUUGACCUUAACAAUUACCAAGAAUAG